AUGUUCAGAAAAGCCGCCCAUGGAGACAUUAAGAAGUCGGCGCAGAAAGUGUCGGAUAACAAAAAAGACCCUCCCACCAGAUUAAAGCAUUUGCGUGUAGUACUUGAAACCUAUGAUAUUCAGGAACAGAAAGCAUUCUUUGAUGAGAAUUAUUCACAUAUAUAUUAUGUCUUUUUUGAUGUCUUUGUGAAUGUUGAAACUGAACUGAAGCAAAGAGCCAGCAAAGCUCAUAGGGAGGAAUUAGAAGCCAUCUUAUUAAUUUUUGAGAAAAUUCUUGUCCUUCUACCAGAGAAGAUCCAUAAAAAAUGGAUGUUCCACAACAUUGGUCGUAUAAUGAAAAAAUUGCUUCACCCGAAAAAUGGCUUGAAGUUAAGGCGAGAAGGGAUGAGGCUUUUCAUUAUUUGGUACCAAAUCUUACAGGAAAAUGCUUCAGAAGAGUGUCAUAGCAUUUUCCUUCAUUUGGUACCAGGCCUGAGUAGUAACAGUCUAGAAGAUGCCUAUAGUCGAAUGGGAUUUCAUGACAAUAAUAAUGAUCUUGGAGUUGUCAGCCCGGGAGAAAUUCCACCCAUUCUUCCUGCAGUUGGAGAAAAACCACCGGAAAAUACAACUAAAUUUUUCUUGGAUGCACUUCUAGCUUGUUUAGUAUCUGAGGUUAUCAAAGUGGAAUGGUUAAAUAAAAGUAUGAGAGAGACAAGUUUUGUAUUUUUAUUUGAUAAAUUCAAAUGUUCAUACUUAAAAUGGUUACUUCCUGACUUUGAUAUGACCCGAAGCAUAUAUGAUCCACCCUUAGAAUUACCAAAGACCAGGAAAAUGCAAGACCUCAAGGCACAAGACGUACCAACAAGCAUCUCUGAAUGUCAAGAUUCUUUUGUUCGUUGGUUGUCAACAUUUGUCAGUUCUACCAAACGACAAGAGACAACAAUGUCAAAGGGCUUGUCUUGUUCUCUCCUAACUGAUCAAAGCCAUCAGUCUGAUGAAUCAUGUGAUGUAAAUGAACCCAAGGGAGACAGUGACCAGUUGGUACCCCCAAGUGCAGGCAGCACACUAUCCACAGGCUCUCAGUGUACAGAAACCUCAACUAAUUCCAGUAUAUGUAGUGAAGACCACAGUCUUUCAGAAUAUGAAAUAGUAAAAUCUGUUUUAUUUUCAACUCGGGAAAAUGUCAAUGUUGUUCACGAGACCUUCAGACAAGCUUUGCUCUUUUCUCUAAAUCAUGCUGCAGCAAUGAGGCGAGUGAUUGCUGUUUACAAGGACUGGUUUCAGCAUGCAGAACAAAAGCCAGUAUUCAUGCAGGAACCAGUCGAUGAGGGUCAGGGGUCAGGGCAGAGCGAGGCCCAUCACCGUAGUCUUUCAGAUAUAAUGGAGGAAGAUGAAUCCCCAGCAUCUUCUACUCCACGUUUACCAUUGAUCAAUGAUCUACAGGACAAAUCACAUCUUCGGAAUGCAUCUUAUCUUGGAGCAAUACAAGAGUUGGCCGACAGAGGGGAACAACAGAAUUAUGACGUCCGUGCAGGGCUUCAGAAAGUAUUACAAGUCUUCAUCACUAAUGCUGCUAACAUUUUCCUGUUAGAAACUGAUGAGGAAGAACAUCGAGAUUGCCUACUUUUAGACCAGUUGUUUCUUUUCCCAUUUUUUCUUUCCUUCUCUUCUCUCUCUCUUCAUCUUUCCUUCUCUUCUCUCUCUCUUCAUCUUUCCUUCUCUUCUCUCUCUCUCUUCAUCUUUCCUUCUCUUCUCUCUCUCUCUUCAUCUUUCCUUCUCUUCUCUCUCUCUCUUCAUCUUUCCUUCUCUUCUCUCUCUCUCUCUUCAUCUUUCCUUCUCUUCUCUCUCUCUCUCUUCAUCCUUCCUCUUCUUCUCUCUCUCUCUCAUCUUUCCUUCUCUUCUCUCUCUCUCUUUCAUCUUUCCUUCUCUUCUCUCUCUCUCUCUUUCAUUCUUUCCUUCUUUCUUCUCUCUCUCUCUCUUCAUCUUUCCUUCUCUUCUCUCUCUCUCUCUUCAUCUUUCCUUCUCUUCUCUCUCUCUCUCUUCAUCUUUCCUUCUCUUCUCUCUCUCUCUCUUCAUCUUUCCUUCUCUUCUCUCUCUCUCUCUUCAUCUUUCCUUCUCUCUCUCUCUCUCCAUCUUUCCUUCUCUCUCUCUCUCUCCAUCUUUUCUUCUCUCUCUCUCUCCCAUCUUUCCUUCUCUCUCUCUCUCUCCAUCUUUCCUUCUCUCUCUCUCUCUCCAUCUUUCCUUCUCUCUCUCUCUCCUUUCCUUCCUUCUCUCUCUCUCCAUCUUUCCUUCUCUCUCUCUCCAUCUUUCCUUCUCUCUCUCUCCAUCUUUCCUUCUCUCUCUCUCUCUUCAUCUUUCCUUCUCUCUCUCUCUCUCUUCAUCUUUCCUUCUCUCUCUCUCUCUCUCCAUCUUUCCUUCUCUCUCUCUCUUUCAUCUUUCCUUCUCUCUCUCUCUCUUCAUCUUUCCUUCUCUCUCUCUCUUCAUCUUUCCUUCUCUCUCUCUCUCUUCAUCUUUCCUUCUCUCUCUCUCUCUUCAUCUUUCCUUCUCUCUCUCUCUCUUCAUCUUUCCUUCUCUCUCUCUCUCUCUCUUCAUCUUUCCUUCUCUCUCUCUCUCUCUCUUCAUCUUUCCUUCUCUCUCUCUCUCUUCAUCUUUCCUUCUCUCUCUCUCUCUCUCUUCAUCUUUCCUUCUCUCUCUCUCUCUUCAUCUUUCCUUCUCUCUCUCUCUCUCGUAACCAAAUUAUUCAGUUAUUGCCUUAUCAGAUUCUGGGUGGAUUUAUGCAAGAGGGUUCUGAAUAUCUACAGACAUAUUGUUCUAAAUAUACAAUUAGCACCAAAAACAUGGGAACAGACAUUAUUAGUAUUGCUUUGUGUUACAUCCGGAGUGCUCAAGAAAAAUCCACCAGCUGAACGAAAUGGGACCCUAGGAGGUCGUUUGGUCCAACCAAUAUUCCAGACUUUGAUAGUCACAUGGAUAAAAGCAAAUUUGAGUGUGUAUAUAUCUGCGAACUUGUGGCAUCAAAUCCUGGAUGUUCUUUCAUCUCUUACUUCAUGGGAUGAACUAAUCAAAGAGUGGUCGAAAACUAUCAAUACCCUGACCAGAGUACUGGCUCGGCAAGUAUACAAUCUUGAUAUGCACGAUUUGCCUCUGGACAGACUCACUGAACAGAAAGAGAAGAAACGGAGAGGAAAGACCCAAGGUUUCUUUUCUUUUUCUGUUUUUUUUUUCUUUUCUUUUUCUGUUUUUUUUUUCUUUUCUUUUUCUGUUUUUUUUUUCUUUUCUUUUUCCUGUUUUUUUCCUUUUCUUUUUUCCUGUUUUUUUUCCUUUUCUUUUUUCCUGUUUUUUUUCCUUUUCUUUUUUCCUGUUUUUUUUCCUUUUCUUUUUUCCUGUUUUUUUUCCUUUUCUUUUUCCUGUUUUUUUUCCUUUUCUUUUUCUGUUUUUUUUACCUUUUAUUUUUUCCUGUUUUUUUACCUUUUAUUUUUUCCUGUUUUUUUACCUUUUCUUUUUUCCUGUUUUUUUACCUUUUCUUUUCUUUUUUCCUGUUCUUUUCUUUUUCCUGUUCUUUUCUUUUUCCUGUUCUUUUCUUUUUCCUGUUCUUUUCUUUUUCCUGUUCUUUUCUUUUUCCUGUUCUUUUUCCUGUUCUUUUUCCUGUUCUUUUUCCUUGUUCUUUUUUCCUGUUCUUUUUCCUGUUCUUUUUUCUUUUUUCUUUUUCCUGUUCUUUUUUCCUUUUUUCCUUUUUCUUUUUCCUUUUUCUUUUCCUUUUUUUUUUUUUUUUUUUUCUUUUUCCUUUUUUCUUUUUCCUUUUUUUCUUUUCUUUUUUUCUUUUUCCUUUUUUUUCCUUUUCUUUCUUUCUGUUUUUCUUUCCCUUUUCUUUCUUUCUGUUUUUCUUUCCCUUUUCUUUCUUUCUGUUUUUUUUUUUUUUUUUUCUUUCUGUUUUCUUUCCCUUUCCUUUCUUUCUGUUUUUCUUUCCCUUUCCUUUCUUUCUGUUUUUCUUUCCCUUUCCUUUCUUUCUGUUUUUUUCUUUCCCUUUCCUUUCUUUCUGUUUUUCUUUCCCUUUCCUUUCUUUCUGUUUUUUCUUUCCCUUUCCUUUCUUUCUGUUUUUUUCUUCCCUUUCCUUUCUUUCUGUUUUUCUUUCCCUUUCCUUUCUUUCUGUUUUUCUUUCCCUUUCCUUUCUUUCUGUUUUUCUUUCCCUUUCCUUUCUUUCUGUUUUUCUUUCCCUUUCCUUUCUUUCUGUUUUUCUUUCCCUUUCCUUUCUUUCUGUUUUUCUUUCCUUUCCUUUCUUUCUGUUUUUCUUUCCCUUUCCUUUCUUUCUGUUUUUCUUUCCCUUUCCUUUCUUUCUGUUUUUCUUUCCCUUUCCUUUCUUUCUGUUUUCUUUCCCUUUCCUUUCUUUCUGUUUUCUUUCCCUUUCCUUUCUUUUCUGUUUUUCUUUCCCUUUCCUUUCUUUCUGUUUUUCUUUCCCUUUCCUUUCUUUCUGUUUUUCUUUCCCUUUCCUUUCUUUCUGUUUUUCUUUCCCUUUCCUUUCUUUCUGUUUUUCUUUCCCUUUCCUUUCUUUCUGUUUUCUUUCCCUUUCCUUUCUUUCUGUUUUUCUUUCCCUUUCCUUUCUUUCUGUUUUUCUUUCCCUUUCCUUUCUUUCUGUUUUUCUUUCCCUUUCCUUUCUUUCUGUUUUUCUUUCCCUUUCCUUUCUUUCUGUUAUUUUUUCUGUUUUUUUUUUUCCAUUUUUUUUCUCUCUCCUCUCUUUUUUUCUCUCUCUCUCCUUUUUUUUUUUUUUUAAUUAUCAAAACUAGUAACAGCGCAGCACUCUGCAAUUUCUCACUCUCUUUCUCUCUUUCACUAAUUUGGUUUGAAUUUCCUCUAAACUCAUUGACAUCCUGCAGUGUCUGGAAUGAUUUGAACACGGCACCAGUUCAAAGGUCUACCCACCCUAAUUUGAAUUCUGAAGGUCCCUCAAGAUCCAAGUCUUCAGAGCAAAAUGCUUCCCGACCAACUAUGCCUCCCGAGCCUGGAUUACCUCGUGUCCCUUCAGUCACUUCAAACAUACCUGAAGUCCCAUUUGAAAGAGGCAAAUUCAAAAGCGAAGGCGCAGGAGGACUGAAGGGCAGGACAGAGUUGCAUAAGCAGCGUUCAUUAAGUGGGGAACCCUCUCCUUGUCACUCACGUACCGCAUCAGUUGCUUCUGACUCUAUGGUCAGAAGUAGCAGUGAGGGUAACAUAGCUGACCCCAGGGAACUGGCAGAGAGUGUGUCUGUGUCCCCUUUGCCCCCUCCUAGUGUGUCUGUGUCCCUCCAUUUGUCCACUUCUCAUUUGAUUUUGUCCACUUUUCUCCCCGUCUUUUCUGCUCCCUUUUUGCCCUCCUCAUCGUCUGCCUGUGUCCCCCUUUGCCCUCCUCAUCGUCUGCCUGUGUCCCCCUUUGCCCUCCUCAUCGUCUGCCUGUGUCCCCCUUUGCCCUCCUCAUGUCGUCUGCCUGUGUCCCCCCUUGCCCUCCUCAUCGUCUGCCUGUGUCCCCCUUUGCCCUCCUCAUCGUCUGCCUGUGUCCCCCCUUGCCCUCCUCAUCGUCUGCCUGUGUCCCCCUUUGCCCUCCCCAUCGUCUGCCUGUGUCCCCCCUUUGCCCUCCUCAUUCGUCUGCCUGUCCCCUUUGCCCUCCUCAUCGUCUGCCUGUGUCCCCCUUUGCCCUCCUCAUCGUCUGCCUGUGUCCCCCUUUGCCCUCCUCAUCGUCUGCCUGUGUCCCCUUUGCCCUCCUCAUCGUCUGCCUGUGUCCCCCUUUGCCCUCCUCCAUCGUCUGCCUGUGUCCCCUUUUGCCCUCCUCAUCGUCUGCCUGUGUCCCCCUUUGCCCUCCUCAUCGUCUGCCUGUGUCCCCCUUUGCCCUCCUCAUCGUCUGCCUGUGUCCCCCUUUGCCCUCCUCAUCGUCUGCCUGUGUCCCCUUUGCCCUCCUCAUCGUCUGCCUGUGUCCCCCUUUGCCCUCCCUCAUGCGUCUGCCUGUGUCCCCCCCUUUGCCCUCCUCAUCGCCCUCCUCAUGUCUGCCUGUGUCCCCUUUGCCCUCCUCAUCGUCUGCCUGUGUCCCCCUUUGCCCUCCCUCAUCGUCUGCCUGUGUCCCCUUUGCCCUCCUCAUCGUCUGCCUGUGUCCCCUCCCUCCUCAUCGUCUGCCUGUGUCCCCUUUGCCCUCCUCAUCGUCUGCCUGUGUCCCCCCUUUGCCCUCCUCAUCGUCUGCCUGUGUCCCCUUUGCCCUUGCCCCUCCUGCCCAGUCCUUUGCCUGUGUCCCCCUGUUGCCCUCCUCAUCGUCGUCUGCCUGUGUCCCCUUUGCCCUCCUCAUCGUCUGCCUGUGUCCCCUUUGCCCUCCUCAUCGUCUGCCUGUGUCCCCCUUUGCCCUCCUCAUCGUCUGCCUGUGUCCCCCUUUGCCCUCCUCAUCGUCUGCCUGUGUCCCCCUUUGCCCACCUUGUCUAUCCCUUUCUCUCUCUUUGUCUUUCCCCACUUGGUUGUCUGUCCCCACACUCUUUAUCUCUGUCUUUUACCCUCCUUGUCUAUCUGUUGGUCCCUUCCUUUUUUCUCUCUAUCUAUCCCACUUUCCCCAUCUCUCUCAGAGUUUUUUCUCCCCCCUCUGUCUCUCUUUCUCUCAUGCUCUCUCUUCUUUUUGCUCUUUAA